AUGGGCUUUGAGGAGUACUAUGGCUAUCCUUCUGAGGAGGAGCACAGGGGUCCAGAGGGGUUCCCCCCUCAGCAGGGCUUAGGGGGGAUGGAGGAGGACAAGGAGGCCCAGCAGAGCUCAGACAGCUCUGGCAUACAUACUCUUUACACUCCGGACUCUGCCACCAGUCCUGAUGGACCCCCUUCCCCGCAGUCAACUUCUCAGAAACUCAAGGAGGAAAGUGCUGGAGGGAAAAAGGUCAAGACCAGGACAGCAUUCUCUCAAAAGCAGCUCCAGAUCCUGCACCAUAGAUUCCAGAACCAAAAGUACCUCAGUCCGCAGCAGAUCCGAGAAUUGGCCUCAGCCUUGGAACUCACCUACAAGCAGAUAAAAACAUGGUUUCAGAAUCAACGGAUGAAGUUCAAACGGACCCAGAAGGAAAGUCUGUGGAUGAGAAAAGGGAUGUACCCACCUCAGGGUGGUUACCUGGACAUGAAUCCGAAUUAUCACCAAGGUUACAGCAUUGGUGAAGCUAGAAACAUCCAUGCAUUGGCUGGCAUGCAUGAGAACUUUGCCAGCAGCCAACCUUUUCUCAGCAACCAAAACUACAACAGUGAUCACCAGCUCUAUGGUAACCCCCAGAAUUUCUAUCAGAUUGUGAGUGGUGAGGAUGCCAGCUUCUUUGGGAAAACUCCUGGGGCCUCCUACAGCCAACAGACACUGGGCUACAUCAGCCAACAAAAGAUAAACUUUUACCAUGGCUUCCCUGCAGGUAUGGAAUAUACAGCUGUGAAGACAGAGGAUGGUUAUCCCUUCCCAAAUGUCUCAACCACUGAAGCAGUAACAUUCCCAGGCACCUCUGCCCUCCAGCAGUACCAGUCACCCCUGCAAACUCAAGGGGCACAAACUAACUGUACCCCCUAAGGUUCCUGCUUUCCCCCUUCUGUGGCUUCUCCCUUCCUGCUUUCUUCAGCCUAGUUCCUACCCCCAUCCUUUGGUCAACCAUUUUUCUCACAUGUAAAGUGAUACACACCUGAAGAGAAGACUUUGUUGACAUGGCAGCUCUGCAUUCAGCUUCUGUACCAGCUGUAAGUUUUCCUUUUCAAACAAAUACUCUGGUUUCUUCCAUGGGAGGAAAACAACAACCAGCGUAGGCAAAGUCAGGACUUUGUUGAAGAAAGUGGGAUGAUCAAUACCUAACCUGGAUUUUCCUUAAGACUCUUUACUUUGAAGGAUGCAGUUCCACUUCCAUCUUAUCACCUCCUCCAGCUCCAGCUGAUAUGAGCAAAGAUACUUUAUGAAAAGGCUCAGGGUAUGCAUGACCCCUUUCUUCUACCUCAGUGUAGAAGGUUCUCAAGGUUCUACCUUCUACCUCUUUGUGCACGUAUAUGUUUCUCAAUUUGGCUUUCAACAGAUUACCCUAGCUGGCUCUAGGGGAAUACUGUAUGUGAUAGAAGAUAUCUUUUUUUUAAUGAUGGGAACGUGUGAAAGAUAGAAUCAGUCAUGUGCCACUGACCUCUACAUUACCUGUUGGGUAAGCAAUUUUCAAAUGUUCAGAAACCCAAGGUUCUA